AUGGAAUUUCUCAGAAGAUUUGCUGGAUUCUUCAUCCGACAAGAGAACAUGGAUGGAAGUGGAACAGAUAAUGAAGAUAGGCUGAGCAGCUUGCCAGAUUCUAUGUUAUGUGAGAUACUCUUGAAACUCUCGACAAAGGAUGUGGUUAGAACUAGUGUCUUGUCCAACAGAUGGAGAAAUCUCUGGAGAUCCGUACCUGGUUUGGACUUGAGCUGUGAUGAUCUCCGGGAAUACAACACUUUUGUGAGUUUUGUCGAUAGGUUUCUAGGUUUUAACAGCGAGUUGUGCAUAGAAAAUCUCAAGGUAAAGUACCAGUUAGGUAGUGCUCAUGUCACGCGGUGGAUCAACGAUGUUGUUAAGCGGAGAGUUAAACAUUUAUCAGUUAUUGCCUAUCAUUGGUCGAUUAAUGGAGCCCACAUACCUUCAACAGUUUACACUUGUGAGAGCUUGGUAACCUUGGAGCUCCGUGAAGCAACCUUGCUUAGUCCCAAGUUUGUGUUUUUACCAUGUCUCAAAGUCAUCUCUCUCAUUCGGGUUAAGUUUGCAAACAAUCUGGCUUUCGAAAUGCUCAUCUCAGGCUCUCCACUUCUCGAAAGCUUGUCUCUAGUGACGAUUUCUUUCGAAAAUAUAAAUUGUUUCCGAGUGUGCUCUGAGUCUCUAUUGAGACUCACUCAUUUCGAGAACUACUCUAUUGGUGAAGAUCUAGUAAUUGCUAUUGAUGCUCCCAGGCUACGCUACCUCAAGCUCUCUGAUAUGAUACAACAUGUGUCAAGUUUCAUAGUAAAAGAUCUUGGAUCCCUUGUUAAGGUGGAUAUGGAUAUUGUGUUUAAGCUGGGUUAUGGAAGGAGGUUUCGAUCCCAAUGA